AUGGAGGGCAAUCCCUGGUUUACCCGGCACUUUCAGCUGAGCUUGCAUGACCCUGACAUGGCUGCUGCGCGGUUCACUAUUUGGACAUUUAUGGAAAGGGUACCAGGGGUCAAAAAGGGUGCUAGCCAUAAUUCGAUGGGGUUUAUCAGUUCAGUGGCUGAAAAGAGAUCGAGGGAAUACUUUUCCCAGUUCGGAGAAGUACACGAAUGCACGGUUAUGCGAGAUGGAGCCUCUGGCCGAUCAAGAGGGUUUGGCUUCCUUACAUUUACUGACCCAAAGACUGUAAACACGGUCAUGGUCAAGGAGCAUUACUUGGAUGGUAAAAUUGUAUGGCUUGCACCGUCGAUAUCUGGCCCCUUGCUGGGAUAUUUUGCUGACCGAGAAUAUAAGAUUGACCCUAAACGCGCAAUUCCUCGAGACGAACAGGAACGGACCAGUAAGAUUUUUGUUGGUGGUGUGAGCCAGGAAGCUACUGAACAAGAGUUCAAGCAAUUUUUCAUGCAGUUUGGCCGCGUUGUAGAUGCAACUCUCAUGAUUGACAAGGAUACUGGACGACCCCGAGGGUUUGGCUUUGUUACUUUCGAUAGCGAGGCUGCUGUGGAAGCAACCCUUUCAGUACCGCUGGAGAUUCAUGGGAAAGCGAUUGAGGUGAAAAAGGCUCAACCCCGUGGUAACCUGAGAGACGAUGAGGAGAGCCGCCGGCUAGGCAAACGUGGGUUCCGAGAUGAUCGAUUCAAGGAUGACCGUGGCAGCGGAUCUGAUUCAAGCCAGCAAAAUAACGCCCAAAACCAAGCAAACAUGGCAGGUGGCAUGACACCCCAAAUGAUGGCCCAAUACUGGCAGCGGAUGCAACAAUACUUUGCUUUAAUGCAGCAGCAGAUGGCUUCUGCUCAGGCCCAAGGCAUGAACCCAGCCAUGGGGGGCAUGAACCCAGCUGUUCUCCAGCAGAUGCAGCAGAUGCAGCAGAUGCAACAGAUGAAUCAAAUGAAACAGCAGCCGGGUGCCCAGCAGGGAGGAAUGCCUCCAGCCUCUCAGACACCUCCUAACGGUCAGGGAAUGCAAGGAAUGAUGAACCCCAUGCAACAACAGAUGCAGAUGCAGCAGAUGCAACAAAUGAAUCAAAUGCCAAAUCAAGGACAGACAGGGCCGGGCUUCACAGGUGGAGGCAUGGGUGGCCAGAUGGGUGGAAGCGUUGCUGGGGGCCCUGGAGCAUCGGGUUCAACUAGCGGCCCUGCAAUGGGCGGAAACUUUGGCAACAACAGGGGAGGCCCCGGGUACAAUGCCCAAGAGCAAAUUGCAUUUGAACAACAGAAAUAUGAACAACAACAGCAAGCCAGGCGGGCAGAUCCUCGGACAUUCCCAGCAUAUCAGCAAGGCAACCAGUCUUGGGAGGGCAUGUAUGAUGAUACACCACAGCCCAACCUGCCAACUGGUCCUCAAGGUAUGGGCCGUGUUGGAAGUGCUGGGGGCCCCAUGGGACGUGGAAUGUCACCUAAUGUUGGGAAUAAACCCCCACAGCCGGUUGCAUCUCCUCAGCCGCAGAGUGCGCCGCCAGCAAAUGCUCCUACCGGCCCUCGAAAUGCUGGCAGGCCGGGGGCUAACUACCGCGGAGGUGGCCGUGGAGCUCACAGAGGCUUUCAUCCAUACUCCCGUGGUUGA